GGCCCUCGACGCCGAGCCGCCGGCAGCUGUAGCCCGAUGGCAGACGUGCUGACGCUGGACAUCGGCGACCCGCAGAUCCUGGUCCACUACCCGGACGACGAGAACGGCUUCCUCUGGCACCACAGAGUCUUGCUCUUCAGGGUGUCGGACGACAUCUGGAUCAGCUUGACCCCUGAUCUCGCCCUGGUGCGCUUGAAGCUCCUGGACAUCCGGCACGAGGUGCUGGAGAGGCGAGCCCCGUUCCCUGCCCACCUGGGCAACCAGGUCUAUGCCCACGACCCCAUCGCCGCCGCCGCCCUGGCGGGCUUCCGCCGCCGUGCGAAGAUCCAGGGGCAGCUGCUGGGUGUGGGCCAGGUGGACGUGGUCGAGAGGAUGAUCUGGGUGGUGGCCGAGCCCCGGUCGGCGAAGUUCGGCGAGGUGAUCGACUCGGCCAUCAUGGACGACGACGCCCGCGGCACAGGCUUCGACACGAAGGGGGUGGCGGUCGUGGACGGGGAGGAGAUCUUCGUGCAGAAGAUCGCGGCCAGCAAGCUCGACGACUUCAAGAAGGAGACCAAGGCGGACCUCGGAGACGUGCGCACGCUCGGGGACCACCUCGACGAUGCUGGGCAACGCUGCCUGAGGCUCUCGGAGGCGGUCGCCCUGAUGAGAGACACGGAUCAGCCGAACUUCCCGCUCGCCGGCGUGAGGAGCGUGAAGGAGUUCCUCGAGUCGGUGGCCUCCGGGCCUGGCAACAUGACGUCGUACCAGGCGGAGUGGGAGCGGCUCAGCGGAGUCGGUGAGGGUUCGGCAGUCAACCACGUGCACCGCAACUUGUGCGAGGUGAUUCGGCUCAUGCACUCCUGGGACCAGGUCGACGCCUCCAUGCUGGCCUCUGCGGAGCUGAUCGUGCGCUGGCUGGUUCAAACGGAGAUAGCGGUAGAGCGCAACCCGCGCCACCCUGACUACAGCGGGCUGGACAUAGUGAUCUCGGCCCCGGUGAAUGCAGCGGGCCGCGCGACGACGAACAAGUUCAACUCCUGGGCCACUGACAAGCUCAAGGAGAGGGCGCAGAUCUGGAUCAAGGAGAGGGCGCAGAUCUGGAAGCAGGAGCGCCUGUACCGCGAGGAGCAGAAGACGAACCUGAAGGAGGGCAAGGGCGGCGAUGGCUACGACCCGUCCAAGAAGAAGCUGAAGAAGAGAGGGGGCAAGGCCGGCGCCGAGGGCGCCGGCGAGGGAGACCACUACGGGAUGGAGCCCAAGAACCUGGCCAGCUUCGACUUCGACAAGGUCAAGAUCCUGCACAGGAAGGUCCACGUUCGGCCGAUGCGCCGGGAGUUGCCCGCGUCGGCCGCUGGCUACCUUCGGCACGCUUCCGACUUGAUCGAGGUGGACGAAGCGGAGCUUGAGAGAGAUCGUGCCGAGGGAGUGGGUGUCACGCCAUACUGGGACCCUCUCCUCCGGCGCUCGCGAGACCUUCGGAAGCGACUGUACCAGCGCCUGGACCAGCAGGGCCUGCUGACUUGGCGUCGGCGGCUGAAGGGGCAUGCGGGCAUCUUCGUGGUCAAGAAAAAGGAUGGGCUCCAGAGGUUGAUCAUCGACGCCCGAGCGGCCAAUCGGGCGCAUCGGCCACCUCCCACUACUCGGCUAGGCUCCUCGCGAUGCAUGGCCGACCUCGACCUCUCCGACCCCCGCCUGAAGGCAUCGGGCUUCGGGGGCCUCGGCUCCGGGGCCUUCAGCCCAGCUGGCCGCGAGGGAGACGUCGGGGACUGUUUCUACAACUUCACCAUCCCCGAGCUGGCGAGCUGGUUCGGCUUCGCAGACCAGUUCGACACCCACGAGCUGACGGAGAUGGGCUGCCUGCCGGACUCGAUCUGGGACGACGCCGAGGGGGCCGAGACCAAGGUCGUGGACGGCGAGCAGCUCUACCCCUGCAUGUGCGCGGUGUGCAUGGGCUGGUCUUGGGCGCUCUACUUCGCCAACGAGGCCGUGACCUACCGCGUCCAGCGGGCGCUGCCCGACGGGGCCGAGAAGGUGAUGAGGGAGAUGCAGCCUGCCCCGACCAUCGAGCCCGGCAAGUGCGUUGCCGGAGUGCACGUUGACAACGUGCAGGUGAUCGGAGGCUGCGAGGCUGACGCCAACACUCAGAUGCAUGAAAUCGAGAAUCUUUUUCGAGAGGACCGUAUACCUUUCGACGUGGAGCCGGGGGACAGUUUGGAGAUGCAGUCCCUCGGCCUGGUGUACCACUGGCAGGAGCGUCGCCUGAGGCAUGUGGCUCGGCGCGUCUGGCGGACCUACAUGGCCGGACACGCCCUUUUGAGACGCCGCAAGCUCCACGGGCACGCGCUCCAGUGCUGGCUGGGGCACGUCGUGAACCUGAACCAGCUCUGCCCCGAGGCGAUGUCCGCGCUGAACGCCUGCUACCGCUUCAUCGAGGAGUCGCUGGAGUCGCCCAAGCGGGUCUGGCCCUCUGCGAAGUCCGAGAUCCGCUGCUCGAUGAACUUGCUCUUCCUGAUGGAGGCGGACCUGGGCGCGACCUACUCGGACCAGGUGUACUGCGGGGACUCGUCCGGCCGCGGCUACGCACUCCACGUGACGACCGCCGAGCCGACCGAGCUCCGAGAAGCCUGGAGGUGGAGAGAACGCUGGCGGUACCGCGACGUCCCGACAGUGACGGGCCACGUCAGCAACGGGCUCGACUACGUGCGCGGCGGCACGCCCGGCACCGCCACUGGCCCGAGGACCGCCUUCGGCCAGUCCCUGCUGAGUCAGGCGGAGGUGCCAGAGGAUGCGAGCGGCCUGGCUCCCUCUCCGGCCCGAAGCCGCGCUGCGAAGCCGGCUCGUGGCCGCACCCAGCUGCAUCUUGACUCGGGCAUCCCCGCCUUGGAGGACAGCUGGGUGGCCAGGCGCCGCUGCAAGCUGGUCGCCGCGGACCGCUGGCGCUGGCAGGACGAGCACAUCAACCUCAAGGAGGCGAGGGUCGCCUUGAUGGGGCUCCGACGGCACUGCCGAUCGGUGAAGUUCAUGGGCACAAAGCUGCUCUCGAUCAGCGACAGCCAGGUCACAGUCGGGGCCUUCGAGAAGGGCCGCUCCAGCGCGGGCCUGCAGGCCCUCUGCAGGCGCGCAGCCGCCUACCGCCUGGGCGGGCAGAUCUCCUGGCGGCUCAGGUACAUCGAGACUGACCGAAACCCGAGCGGCGAGGACUCCCGGCGCUGGGACCUGAAGAAGCCUGCUGGGCUGAACCGGGGGCCCGAGCGUCGAGACGCCGCCCCGAGCCUGUCCGCUCCGGCUGCGAGCCCCAUCACCGUCCCGCGGAAGGACUCGCUGAUCAUGGCGACGGUGACCGGAGGCACGCUGGAGAGGUACGCGACGGCGGUCCACGAGUUCGAGACCUACGCGAAGGAGAAGCGCCUGCCGCUGCAGCCGCUGGCACGCCUGGACGACAGCCUCUCCCUCUACUUCGUGGACCUGUUCGACGACGGCUUCGGGGUCUGGGAGGGGCGCAACGCCUUCUACGGGUACAAGCUGCUGAAGCUCAGGACGACGGGCAAGGUCGACCUCCCAAAGGCGCUGGCCUCCCUGAAGGGUUGGACGAAGCGGGCGCCCGGGAGGAUGCGUCUGCCGCUGCCCGACAUCAUCGUGGACGACAUCGCGCUGGACCUGGUGGAGCACGGGAACCCCCUGAUGGGGGCCGCGGUGGUGAUCCAGACAGACACCUACACGCGGCCCUCCGAGGUGGUGGGGCUGAGGCAGGGCCAGAUCUUGCCGCCGGCGCCGGUCGCGAAGCUCGGCGCGCACUAUGGCAUCGUCAUCGCGCCCUCGGAGUGGCACGAGACCACGAAGACGGGCGGCCAGGACGACAGCCUGCUCGUGGGCGACGUGGCGAGGCCCUGGCUCACGAGCGUGCUGCGGCUGCUCCACAAGCCCAACGUGUCGGACAAGAAGAAGAUCUUCGACUUCACCCUCGGCGACUACGAGCGCGAGGUGAAGAAGUCGGCCUGCCGCCUGGGCUACACCGCCCUGGGCGUUUGCCCGCGCGUCUUCCGGCACUCGGGCGCCAGCAACGACAAGGCGCACUCCCGGAGGACGUUGAAAGAGGUUCAGAAGCGCGGACGAUGGGCAUCCUCCGCGUCGGUGGCUCGCUACGAGAAGGGGGCCCUGAUCUUGCAGCAGUUGCGCAAGGUUCCCUUGGCCAAGCAGAGGACGUGGAGCAGCAGGGAGAACGCGGGGAAUUACAUGCACGUCAGCGGGGAGGACUCCGAUGCCAGCGUGUCCGACGAGGAUUCGGACGGCUUCAUGGAGUUCGAGAGGGACGCGAUCGCAGGCCCCAGUAUGGAGAGGCUCUUGGAGAAGGCCAGCGCUGGGCAAUGGCCGCUUGAGCGGAGGUCUCGGGUGCUGGAGGAGGCCGCACUGAAGGGCGAGCUCGUGAGGAUGUUGGAAGCUAUCGACAUGCCGCUGUUCAUGCACGUGCGACUUGCCAGCAGCUACUUCCAGCUGGCGGGUAAACAAUUCAAUGCGAUGGACGAGGAAAGCGACGAGGAGAACGGGGGGUCCAAGAAGCUCUCCAGCCGGAGGGGCGACGCAAGCUGGCUGCAGCCACCAUCACGAUUCGCGCGCCUGCUGUCGAAUUAUUUGAUCGUGCCAGGGGUGCCCGUCUAUAAGUGGCUGGAAGAGUCGGAAGUGCAGAUGGUCGUGUUCGAUGGUAAAGAGCCGGUCGAACAUGGCAUGCGCGAUUUCCCUGAAAAAAUCGGCGCGUUCUACCUCACUCCUCGCGUCGAGUGGAAAGGCGACAACAUGAUUUACGAAGUACUGGAAGGCGAGGGUCGCUUCACUGUUUUGCAUAGCCACAGUACCCUCCAUAAUCUGGCGGCCACGGAACCGUUUGACUUCAAUUUCCCGCUAGGUAAGAUCCCGCAUGGCAUAGCACCGGAGGCUACGAAGAAGUUCGCUUAUGUAUAUCCGCAUUUUCACUUCAGAACUGGGGGGUUCCUGUACUUGGGCGCAGGUUUAGAGUGCCUAGCGGUAAGCCAGCUCACUGCGAAUGUCAGUUCCCACGGGGUGCGGAUGGGAGAGAGAUUCCGGGAGGGUGUAGACAAGGGGCAGGAUCUGAAGCCUCAGCCGACGACGCUGCCUGCCAUCAAGCGCAAGGGGGCGACACAUUUCUGUUUCUAUGGGCCAAAUUAUUUCCAUAAGGAUAAGGGCAUGGGCGGGUUCGUGUACUGGUUCGAGGACGACAAAUCCGACAUCUCGUACUUCCCGAUCCGCUAUUUCUCCAAGGUGUUGGAGCACGGCCCGGCCGGCGCCGUCGGCAACGCGAAGCUCUUGCCCAGGAAGCCUCACAGCAACAUGGUGGUCGACGGCAUCAUGACGGACCGCUGGCACAGCGAAAGUAGAGGACUCACGUACCAGAUCAGGCACGGAUGUGUGGACAUGAAGGUAUGCAAGCUGAAGCAGAAAGGCUUGACCCAUCCUGUCGUAUUGAGGAGCCUCGUCUUCACGCCCGAAGAGUGCCUACUGGAGUCGGAGCAGGUUCAGGCGAUCGUAACAGCAGCCUUCCAUACAUGCUCAAUGGUUAUUGUCCGGGAGAUGUUCAUUAUCGCGAGUAUGAUGGUAUCGAUUUUCAGAUUUACGUAUUCGUUCCGGAAUGAGUCCCCCGAUGCUUGGGGUACCCGAAGAUGGACGUCUUUCGAGUGGGCUCUUCUCGGCGUGAUGGUCGCAGCAUGGACCAUGACUGUCAGCAGGUUGCUGUUUGGCAUCGUGGGAUAUCGCGUCAUGUUUGGAAGCUUUGACGGGUAUUUCUUGUACAGUUACCGCACGUGUGUAUGGUGGUUACAGAGUUUCACGGUGAUCUGCCUCAUUGUGAUGCUGUUGAGAGGCACCUUGUAUUACUUCCCCAGGACGGCGGCAAUUGCUUUUGCGUCGUCAGGAGCCUUCUGCUGGAUGGAGUUGUUGUUCCUCGCGAGGUCCUUCACUGUUAUUGGGAAGCGGUUUCUCCCCAUCAUGAGUGCAUGGAGCGACGCGACGUCAUUCCUCUUCGUGACAUCGUUCAUCUUGGCAGCUUCUGUUCAGGCGUCGUACUCUCUGACUCGCCUACCGCUGUCGGCAAUCGCAUUCGACACCUACCGCAUGGGAUUUCUUGGCGAGCUGAAGCCCCGGCUGUUCGUGAGCCAGGCGUUUGAUCUGGACGAACAUCCGGACGCCAUGAGCAGUCUCGACAUGCCCGAGGGGUCUCGUACCAGUUUCGGCUACAUCGUCCUGAUGAUAUUCGGAUUCAUCCUGAUGGUGUCGAUGGCCAAUAUCUUCAUUCAGGUGAUGGGCGACGCGUACAGCUCCAACAAGCAGAGGGUGCAGGCCACGCUGACGCGAGCACGGGCCGAAGAGAGCCUCAUCUGCGCCCUGUGGAUGGCGGGGCGCGAGAAGCUCCUGCCCCCGGCGCUGCGGACGGCCAUCCGCGCGGCCCCGCGCGACGAGCUCGUGUGGUUCACGCGGAGGGACGCCGGCGCGUUCGGGGGCGACAGCGACGUGGACCCGGCCAGCCCCCAGCAGGCGAUCAUCGCGGCCGUGGCGGCUGCCGUGGCCGUGGCCGCGACGGGCACGCAGAGCGGCAGCCAUUCGGCUCGCGCCCGGGCCGCCGGGCAGGCAGCCACGCAGGCCGCGGGCGGGCUCGGCGGAUGCGCCGUCUCGGGGGCACUGGAGUUGGCGGUGGAGAACGCGGUGCUGGAGGCCACCCACAGCAGCAGGGCUUCACCGCCGCUUCGGUCCGCCGCGCGCGCGGCCGUCACGGCUUGCAACGCGUGCCGCCGCAUGUCUGCGGGAUUGGGAGGGUGA